AUGACGGAACAAUCACAAUUCCAAUCAAACUCAACCAUGAGUAUAAAAUUAGAUACAAAUGAUAUACAAGAUAAAAUUAAAAAUGUUAUACCUUAUCCAGAACCAAUAAAAUCAAAAUUUCCAUUCAAACAACAACCUUUUGCUUUAAGAAAAAUACAAAAAUUAUCAAUUUUCCCAUCUAAAGAACAGAAAAAUGAAAAUAAACUGCAAAAAAAUUCAAAUAAAUUAAGUAUCAGAUUAAAUUAUUUUUUAAAUAAAUCAUGGAUAUUAAUUAAAGAAUGUUCAACAAUUAUAUUUUAUGAUUUUAUUAUAAUUUUAUAUACAAUUUUUGAAAUUUUGAUAACAAUUGGAAUUUUUAUUUUUUUCACAUUUCGUGGAUUAUAUUUUAUUAUAAAGGAAAUUUUAUAUUAUCUUACUAUUUAUUGGAUUUUACCAAUUUUAAUUGCUUGUGGUAUGGUAUUUGGAUUAAUUUUUGGUUUAUUCCAAACCUUUAAAUACGUAUGCCCUGAAGCAUAA